AUGGACUACCACGACUUCUCUGACGAUAACAACCCGUUUGUCGGGUCUAACCAUUUCUACUCAAACGGAUUUGUCGAUAUGGAUAUGGAGAGCGACGCCAUGGCGCACGAUGGCCUUCAUCCGGAGAGCUCCGAUAACGACGAUAUUGUUGAGUCUGAUAACGAGGACAAUGACAGGCGGUGUGGCCGAGACAAUCAUAAGAAUGACGAUAACGGGGGAGAUAAAGACACCAGAGACAACAAACAAGAGGGUAACGAAGAAAACAACGACUUUGACGACGAUGAGGCCGACUAUAGUGUCAUGGAUACCACUUACGACUCGAUCCCGUACUCUGUCUCCGAACAGCCAACUUUCUACGUCCCCACCAUGACCAAGUGUGACACCAAUGCUCAAUUCCAAAUCUCAACGUUUGAAAUACUCAAGGAUUACAAGGGUACAAGGACAAUCUAUUACAAGAUUGAAAACUCGGCCGCUAACACUCAUAUACUAAGGAGGUACAAUGAUUUCAGAUCUCUCCGUUCGUACUUAUCUAAAUUCUACCCAUACCUAUUCAUUCCUCCCAUUCCAGAAAAACAUUCCUUGUCGAGGUUCUUAAAGAACCCAUUCAACUAUAAGAGCGAUAUGUCCAUCAUUGAAUUGAGAAUCAGGUUGUUGAACUAUUUCUUGAUGAAAAUCAAUAACCAUCCAACCCUCUCAACAUCUCCAAUUGUUGUCAAGUUUUUAGACCCUCUAAUCAAUAACUGGAACUCAUGUUUGAACUCUCCCCCCUUCACUAAUCUAAGCUCAAACUCGUUUCUUUUGGUGUCAACUAGAAAUCCCACAAAACCCUCUCCUUACUUCUCCUACUUACCCAUACCGCCUCUGACUUUAUUGAAAACAUUCUCAACCCGUUUGAAUUCUCAGGUGUUUCAAAAAUUGGAGAAUCAAUUGAAGAUAUUCUUGAAAAUAAUAGUGAAUUUGGAAACUAAAAUGAAAAACUUAAUCAAGACUUUAAAUGCUUUGAGGGUAAAUUUGGUUGAAUUUGGUGCUGUUUUGAACAUUUUCAGCAUAAUGGAAAACCAAAAUUAUAAUAUCGAAAAAUUUGGCAACAAAAUUGACUUGAAUUUCUUGAAUAUCGAAAUUUUAUCAACGAACCUUUCGAUCAAGAUUAAAGAACCAUUGAUAAUAAUGAAAAACUCGGUAAUAUACUUGCUACAGAUGUUGCAUUUCAGAAAAUUGAAAGAAUUGCAAUUUGUUUAUUUUCAAAAUAUAAUUCAGAAGAAACAGUCACGCCUGAAAUCCUUGGUAAAUUCCAUCAAUACACAACCUAUACUACCAGCCUUGGAUCCGAAUUCAUCAGAGCCCAUCUCUUCGCCGUCCUUAAAUUUGGCAAUCGAGAAUAUGAAGUUGAAGAACAAAUCACAUCAGAUAACCGUUGAAAACUUGUCUAAUGAAUCCAAACAACAAAUCCUCUCGGAGAUCAAAACCUUGAAUAACGAAUUAAACUCAAACCUUGUACCUUGCUUCAAGUUUUUACUUGAUGAUGUCCAAUUCUUAAGCGUCCAAGUCGAAAAAAAUACAAAGCAUGAGCUGAAACAUUUACUACAAAUGAUGUCAACGUUGCAACAAAAUUGGAAAUCGAAUGUUUGGGGUGAGUAUUUCGCAAGUUGUCUAGAUGUUUGGAAAAAGUAG